AUGAUUUUCGCGGGACCUCUGUCACCAUAUGAAUGCUGAUUGUGUCUGUUAGGCUUCCCAUUUCGUAUGAUUGAUCGGAAGUGAUAUGUUUUCAGUCGGCGCGAAUUUGGACAUUACAGCUGCUUCUGUGUGUAAUCCACAAAUACGACCAAUCAUAGAAGACAUGAUGAUGCGCAUCCGUCCAGAAGAGGAGGUGAAGAUGAUACGGAGACGUGUGGCUUUGAGUGAAAUGAAAAAGAAGUCUGAAUCUGAUGAAAAAAAUUCAAAGGAAGAAGAAAGGUUAGCAUUGCUAAGAGAAUACAGAGCAUUAAAAAUGGAAGUCCAGGAAAAGAAAGCAAAGGAAUUAGCACAAAAGGAGAGGAUAGAAUCUCUUAAAAGAGAGAUCAAAGAAAAACAUCAAAAAGCUUCAAGUUUGCUACAUGAAAUUCGUGAGCUGAACAACCUAACUUUGACUGUGAAAGCAGCAUCUCAGCAGCUUGAGAAUGGCAUGAAGCUAAUGUGUGACAGUAAUUGCAUCGCAUCGUACAGCAAGAAUGCUAAGCAG